AUGGAACUCCCUGAAGGCACACUGCCAUUUGAUGUCCUCCCUCUUGAAGGAGAGCAAGACUGGCGUUUCGGUCGAGCAGCUGGCCCAGGCUCCACAGAGGAAGAUCUAGAACUAGGUGCGCCAGGCCUACCCCGAGUAGCAGAGGUUGGUCUUUCCGGUAGCGACGUCCUCAAAUUUGGAGGUGCAUCAAGUGAGAAGCCAGGCAUUUCAGAUGGUUUCCAUGGUCUUGAUUUGACAGUAGGUGAGCUGCCCCUUGAAGGUGCUGGCGCUGUUGUUGUUGCUGGCAAUGCAGAACUUUUGGGCAUUGUAGGUCCUGGUCUAGAGAUUGAGGAGGAUCGAACUGGUCCGGGCAAGUUACUGUGCUGGGCGUGGGUAGGAGGGGCAGAAGACCGCCUUGUUGGGGUUGAUGACCUUGAUGCAGGCUUGCUUUGUGCUGGUAAGGAGGGCCUUGACAAAGGUGUAGUUGACCUAGUAGCAGGCAUUGAUGAUCUUGAAGUAGGCGUUGAUGAUCUGCUAGCAGGUGCUGAUGCUCUGCCUGAAGGAACUGAUGUCCUGGUAGCAGUAGCAGGGCCAGAUGUCCUGGUAGCAGCAGCAGGGCCAGAUGUCCUGGUAGCAGCAGCAGGGCCAGAUGUCCUGGUAGCAGUAGCAGGGCCAGAUGUCCUUGAUGGAGUUGUUGACCUUGAUGAAGGCAGUGCUGACCUUGUUGAAGGGAGUGUUGACCUGGAAGUGGGCGUCGACGAUCUUGGGGCAGUAGGUGCAGUCUUGGCAGGCAGAGUUGCCCGAGCAUUGGGAGAUGAAGGUCUUGAACCUUUGGAUGUGGCGGUCGAUGCAGCACGUCCAGUUGGUGUUGAAGGUCUUGAAGAAUUAGACGUAAGCCCUCCAGAUGAUGUCGGCCGACGAGUUGUCGCAGCUGAGUUUAAGCUGUUUGAUGAUGUUGUUCUCAAUGGAUGUGUGGUUCUUGAUGGAGGAUCUGGAUGA